AACAUAUAAAACCUAGCAGCCUUCAGAAACCCAGUCAGUUUAACUGAUUUAUAUCAAUAUGAAAACAGUGUGUGUGUACAUCACUCUCUUCGUUGCAGCAUUAGCUUCACCUAGGGUCCAACAUAACCUUCCUUUCAAAAACUUGUACGUCGAACCCUUAAUAGAAAACCCUUCCAAUGAUGUGAUACCAAGAAUAAUCAAUGGUAAAGAAGCUGUGCCGCACUCCAGGCCGUACCAGGCCUACUUGAUUGUUCUCUCCAGUGGUAUCGGUGGAUGGAAAUGUGGUGGAUCCCUCAUCUCACCAAGACACAUUUUGACAGCUGCUCAUUGCUUAGCUGGUGCUGCUGGAGCACUAGUACACCUUGGUGCUCACGACGUCGGAGGGACAGCUGAAGCCACCCAAACUGUAGUGGAAAGUAAAAAUCUUAUCGUGCAUAGCAACUACAAUGAAAGUGACAUCAGCAAUGACAUUGGUCUUGUCGUAUUGGAUGAACCAGUGGAGCUCAAUGAAUACAUCGACGUGAUAGCUUUGGCCCCUAGCAAUAUUAAUACUGACUACACAGGUUACAACGCUACUGUGAGUGGUUGGGGUCUCACUGAAGGGGGACAACCUUCUUCGGUUCUUCUAGAAGCGAACGUCUCGGUUAUGAGCAACGUCCAAUGCAGGCAAAUAUACAGCAUCGUUAUAGACACCCAGCUGUGUACACUAGGAAAUGAAGGCGAAGCUGUCUGCGAUGGUGAUUCUGGUGGCCCCUUAACUGUUGGUGACACUCAAAUUGGCAUCGUUUCUUAUGGAUCUGGUAGCUGUAGUGGGGAUUACCCCUCUGGAUACACAAGGGUUAACAGAUACUUGGACUGGUUGGAAGAGAACACUGGUAUAGACCGCAAUUUUUUGCAAACCAUCUUAGUUUCUCCAAUAAAUUCAGUCAUGAAGGCAGCGGUACUGUGUAUCUUCUUCUCUGUAGCAGCUUGGGCUUUUCCCAAGGGCCAAGAUGAAGUACAGUACAACAGGAUGUACGUCGACCCUUCAGUUGACGAACUUCCCAUUGAUCUACUGCCAAGGAUAACCAACGGAGUAGAAGCUGCUCCACACUCGAUUCCCUACCAAGCUUAUUUGAUCAUCACAAGCUCCACCGGUAGCAGGUGGUUGUGCGGAGGCUCUCUGAUAUCUCCAACGCUUGUGCUGACAGCUGGUCACUGCGUGGAUGAUGCCGUUUCGGCAGCGGUGUACCUUGGUGCUCAUAAUCUUCAGCAGUCAGAACCAACCAGAAUUCUGGUAGAAGCCAAGAAUUUGAUUCGUCACAAAGAUUACAACGAAGAUAAAAUUAGCGAUGACAUAGGACUUAUUGUGUUUGAUGAUCCUGUGGAACUGAACGGGUCAAUCAAUGUAAUAGCUUUGCCACGACGUGGAGAAACUGAUGAUUAUGUUGGGGCAAAUGCCAGAAUGAGCGGUUGGGGCCUGGUAUCUGGAGAUGGAGAGACUUCACCGGUACUCCUGGAAGUGAACAGCACUGUGAUCAGUAACCUCCAAUGUGGCUCCGUCUACAGCAUCGUCAUUGACUCCCAUGUGUGUACCUCAGGAAUUGGGGGGGUAGGAUCUUGCCGUGGAGAUUCUGGUGGUCCUUUGGUUUAUAACAACGCCCUCAUCGGGAUCGUCUCCUACGGGGCCAAAGGUUGUCUCCCUGGUUACCCCUCUGCCUUUACUAGGGUUACCAGCUACCUUGACUGGAUCGAGGAGAAUAGUGACUUGAGAUUUUAACUUAUAUUAAUGUAUUGAUUAAAUAAAAAUCUUUUAAUAUUUU